AAGAUUGCGAGUCUGCAGCUGCAUACUGUAUCCAAGUCGGGGAGUAAUGGCAUGAGUACUGCUUUACACUAUUUAGACAAGCUUUUCAGUGCGUGCGUUGGAAACUAAUAUUCGACUAUUUCUGUGUCCACGUCUGCCACACGUUUGGGCCCGAAGGCGCAGAGAGGCGAGGUGAAGGGCGGUCGGACAAACUGUAAACUUAGUCAAAAGCGACAAAAGUCCCCAAAACUCGCACGCUGACGAGGCGUCAAACGCGAACGAUUCACCCUUUUCUGGCUGCUCCAAAGAAGGAUACGCUGCUGGACAUGUGAAUUUAAAGGAGAUACUUGCUAAGCACAACAAUGAAACCAACGACUGCCCUGUGUUGCUUCGGCUUUCUCCUGACUUGCCUCGUGUUUGGGUUCAGCUCUUCGCAACCAGGUGGAAGGAGAGGUACAGGCAGGUGGGAGGUUCAUUCAAAGUCAGCGCAAGUAUGUGCGGGUACCGAGAACAAGCUGAGCACACUGUCGGACCUGGAACAACAGUACCGCACUCUGAGGAAAUACUACGAGAACUGUGAAGUCGUAAUGGGCAACCUUGAGAUCACAAGCAUUGACCGCAGCCGUGACCUCACCUUCCUCAGAUCUAUCCGGGAAGUGACCGGCUACGUGUUGGUGGCUCUCAACCAGUUCGACUACCUGCCUUUAGAGAACCUGAGAAUCAUCCGAGGAACUAAACUGUACGAGGACCGCUACUCCCUCGCAGUUUUCCUCAACUACAGACGUGACGGAAACUUCGGCCUGCGCCAGUUGGGUCUCAAGAACCUCACAGAAAUUCUGAGUGGAGGUGUAUACGUUGACCAGAACAAAUUCCUGUGUCAUGCAGACACAAUCCAUUGGCAGGACAUCGUCAAGAACCCGAAGAUCCAUCCUGUGGUGGUGCCCACCAACAGCAGCGUCACAUGUCAGAAGUGCCAUCGCUCCUGCAAUGGUCGCUGCUGGGGGCCCAAAGCGGACCAGUGUCAGAGCUUAACUAAAACAGUGUGUGCCGAGCAGUGCGACGGCCGUUGCUUCGGUCCCUAUGUUAGUGACUGCUGCCACCGUGAGUGUGCAGGUGGCUGCUAUGGCCCAAAGGACACAGACUGCUUUGCCUGCACCAACUUCAAUGACAGUGGGGCAUGUGUGACCCAGUGCCCCCAGCCAUUUGUCUACAGCCCGACCACCUUCCAACUGGAACAUAAUCCCAGGGCAAAGUACACCUACGGAGCCUUCUGUGUCAAGAAGUGUCCACAUAACUUUGUGGUGGACCAUAGCUCCUGUGUGAGAGCGUGUCCUAGUAACAAGAUGGAGGUGGAGGACAACCGCGUUAAGAUGUGCAUCCCAUGUACUGACAUCUGCCCCAAAGCAUGUGAUGGAAUAGGCACAGCCAGCCUACAGGCAGCCCAGACAGUGGACUCCAGCAACAUUGACAAGUUUGUCAACUGCACCAAAAUCAAUGGCAACCUGGUGUUUCUCAUCACUGGAAUCAAAGGGGAUGUCUAUCACAACAUUGAAGCUCUGGAUCCAGAGAAGCUCAAUGUAUUCCGCACCGUUCGGGAGAUCACAGGUUUUCUUAACAUCCAGUCGUGGCCUGACAACAUGACAGAUUUGAGUGUUUUCUCCAACCUGGCAACAAUCGGUGGAAGAGCACUGUACAGUGGUAUCUCCCUGCUGGUGUUGAAGCAGCAGAAGAUCUCAUCGCUGCAGCUUCAGUCUCUACGAGAGAUCAGUGCCGGGAACGUCCACAUUGCAGACAACAGCCAGCUCUGCUACUACAACACCGUCAACUGGACGAGACUGUUCCGUGUCGCAAACCAAAAGGUUCUGGUCCGCAACAAUCGAACACCGCAGAACUGCUCCAAGGAGCGCAUGGUGUGUGAUCCCCAGUGUUCAGACGCUGGCUGUUGGGGUCCUGGCCCAGACCAGUGCCUGUCAUGCCGAUUCUUCAGUCGCGGACGGACAUGUGUGGAUACCUGCAACCUUUAUGAAGGGGAUAUUCGGGAGUAUGCAAACGGGUCAGUGUGUGUGGAGUGCGAUGCCCAAUGUGAACGAGCCGACGAUGACUCUUUGACCUGCCAUGGCCCGGGCCCGGAGCAUUGUGUGAAAUGCCUUCAUUUCAAGGAUGGUCCGAACUGUGUGGAAAAAUGUCCCGAUGGCCUGCAAGGUGCCAAUAGCUUCAUCUUCAAGUACGCUGAAGUCAACAAUGAAUGCCAUCCCUGCCAUGCCAACUGCACCCAGGGGUGUAUUGGACCAAGACUUCAGGACUGUAUUGGCUGGAUGGACAGAACCCCUCUGAUUGCAGCAGGGGUGAUCGGCGGCCUUUUCAUGGUGGUGAUCAUGGUACUGAGCGUUGCGGUGUCUCUCCGCCGAAAGAACAUUAAAAAGAAGAGGGCACUUCGGCGCUUCCUGGAGACAGAGUUGGUGGAGCCUUUAACACCCAGUGGAACAGCACCCAAUCAAGCCCAACUCCGCAUCCUGAAAGAAACAGAACUCAAAAGAGUCAAGAUCCUCGGCUCCGGGGCCUUUGGGACUGUUUACAAGGGUAUCUGGGUCCCAGAGGGUGAGACUGUGAAAAUUCCCGUAGCCAUUAAAAUCUUAAAUGAGGCCACAGGACCCAAGGCCAAUGUGGAGUUCAUGGACGAGGCUCUCAUCAUGGCUAGCAUGGAGCAUCCCCACCUGGUCCGGCUGCUGGGUGUCUGUCUGAGUCCCACAAUCCAGCUGGUCACACAACUGAUGCCUCAUGGGUGCCUGCUUGACUACGUCCACGAGCAUAAGGACAACAUCGGAUCACAGCUAUUGCUCAACUGGUGUGUCCAGAUCGCCAAGGGGAUGAUGUAUCUGGAGGAGCGUAGGCUGGUCCACAGGGAUUUGGCAGCCCGAAACGUUCUGGUCAAGUCUCCAAACCACAUCAAGAUCACCGACUUUGGCCUGGCUCGCCUGCUGGAUGUUAAUGAGAAAGAAUACAAUGCCGAUGGAGGAAAGAUGCCCAUCAAAUGGAUGGCCCUGGAGUGUAUCCAUUACAGGAAGUUUACUCAUCAGAGUGAUGUUUGGAGUUAUGGUGUAACCAUUUGGGAGUUGAUGACCUUUGGAGGGAAGCCAUAUGAUGGAAUUUCCACCAGAGACAUUCCGGAUCUGCUCGAGAAAGGAGAGCGUCUUCCUCAGCCGCCCAUCUGCACCAUUGACGUCUACAUGGUCAUGGUCAAAUGCUGGAUGAUUGAUGCAGAUAGUCGACCCAAGUUCAAGGAGCUGGCUGCAGAGUUCACUAGGAUGGCUCGUGAUCCCCAAAGAUACCUGGUCAUCCAGGGUGAUGACCGCAUGAAGCUGCCCAGCCCCAACGACAGCAAGUUCUUCCAGAGUCUGUUGGAUGAGGAGGAACUGGAGGACCUGAUGGAUGCUGAGGAGUACCUGGUACCCCACUCCUUCAAUAUCCCCCCAUUGGCAUACACCCCCCGCACUCGCAUGGACUCCAACAAGAACCAGUUUGCCUGCCAGGAUCCCAACUUCAGCAUGGAGGACAUGCUGGCCACCCUCCCCAGAGUGGUCUCCGUUCCCCCCGUGUCUGUCGGCUGCCUCCCUCCACAGGACCUGGCCGCUGGGGGGCAGAUUGGUGGUGGAUUUGGUCGCGGCAGUCAGGACGACCCUCGCUGCAAUGGCACCCUGAGGAAGCAGGCCUCUCCAAGGUCAAGCACCCUCGGACCUGGUUCGACUCUCACUGCAGGACAAGGUGGAGGGGAGGACAGUAGUGGACAACGAUACAGUGCAGAUCCAACGGGUCUUUUAGCUGAGCGAGGAGCUAAAGCAGACAAGGACCAGGAUGGCUACAUGGCUGCCAUGAGAGACAAAAACUCAGAUUAUCUCAACCCUGUAGAGGAAAAUCCCUUCGUCACGCGUCGUAGGAACGGUGAUGCUCACACAGUGAUUGAUGGAGCGAGCUGCCACACCCUGCAUGUGGCUGGAGCUGCUGCUGCCCCCAAAAGCCAGUCGACACACGGUGACGAUGAGUAUAUCAACGAGCCACUGUACCUGAAUACCUUCCUUAACCCCGGGGACAAGAAUGGAUUGGCUGGCGCAGUCUCCAUCUCCGGCUCUGGGUCCUCUGCUGCACAAUCAGUACUGCAGACAGUGAACCCAUCAACAUCAAGCCACACUGUUUCCUCCACUGGAUAUGUGGUACCCCCUGGUCACCUCCCCCACCCAUCGUAUCCAUCACACACCCUGCAUCCAGGGCAUUCAGGACACGCUCUGCACUCAGGCAUCACCAGCAGCACCAUCAUGUUUGAUAAGAAGGGCAAGAAAGCCACAUUUGACAAUCCUGAAUACUGGCAGCACAGUCUCCCUCCCAAGUCCUCACUGCACAACCCUGAGUACCUGCAGGACUGCAGCACACGCUUUUUCUACCGGCAGAAUGGACGCAUUCGCCCUGCUGUGGCCGAAAACCAGGAAUACUUGUCUGAGGCUGCUAUGAAAGCUGGCAAUGUUUUGCCGCCCCCUCCAUACAGACAGAGGAACACUGUGGUGUAGUGACCCACCUGUAGCACAUUGGAGGGAUGAAUAGAGGGAUAUGGGUGGACAUUAAACACUCCUCUCUUUUUCCUGCAGUACUUCUCAACGUGGGUUCUCCUUGCACCUCCCCUGAACAGUUCUCUUUGUCAUGUCUGAUUGCAAACCUUGUAUUUCCACUCUAAGGUUCUGUCUUUUCAUGACAGAUCUACAGUAACAGUCACUGACAGCCUCAUUUGACAUUCAAACCAUCUUAAUUGACUUCAUCCUUGGUCAUGACUCUUAAAGCAAGUAGAGAUAUCUCUUUUAGGUUGGUCCUGAACUGGAGAAAAGUGUCUUGCCAUCUUUGGCACCAGAAAGGCAUUUAAACAACACAAUCAAAGAUUGAAAGAAUGCAUUUAAUGGGAGAGGCAGGAGAAAUAAACUGAGGUUAGCCCAAAGAGGAUUAUUUUCAUGACCUCACAUGCUUUGCUUUAUACGCCCAUGAAUCACUGCUCACCCUUUUCUUUAAGAACAUUUUCCACUCAGCUAGAUGUGCAUGUUGUGACAUUCACAAAUUGCUGUUGCUCGGGUGCAGUCUAACUAGUGACACAUGCACACGGAGUCGUGCCGUGUCUUACCAGCAAACCUCCAGUCAUGCUGAAAAGCCCAGAUGUGGCUUGCAUGUCUGCCCACACAGUUCCGCACUUCUUCUUCUUUUCCUUUCGGCUUUUCCCUUCAGGGGUCGCCACAGCCAAUCAAUUGCCUCCAUCUAACCCUGUCUUCUGCAUCCUCUUCUCUCACACCAACUACCUUCAUGUCCUCUUUAACACACUUUGAUUCGCAUGUUUGAUUUGGCAAAAGUUUUACGUCGGAUGCCCUUCCUGACACAACCCUCUGUAUUUAUCCGGGCUUGGGACCGGCACACUAAGACACUGGCUUGUGUCCACUUGCGGCCACAUUCCACACAGUUCCGCACCAAUAAUGGAAUUCAAGCAUUUAUCACGAACAGCUCGUCUCAUACCUGAAACAUGUUAGCAUUUCUGCAGGCUUGACACACCAAUAAUAACCAUAUAUUAAUUCAUACGUAAAUACGCACACACCGACAGAUAAGCCUGCUGCCACUUGAAAAAUAUUCUGGAGGAGGAGCUCAAUUGACCUUGUGCUGGAAGACAGAGUGUGCUGAUAAUGGCAGUCAGUGGUGCAGCGCAGAAAAAGGGUCAGCAGGAAAGUAAAUGUCACCGCCGCUGUGAUAUCGCCCAGUACCUGGUUGAAAGCAUUCGACAGAUUAUUGGAACAGCUCAGUUUGGAUUUGGAAGGUUGAUCGCUCAAAAGAUGACCCUUUAAUUCCCACAUUAGUUUUCUGUCCUGUUCCCCUUGUGCACCAAUCCAAGUUAGUUCAAUAUCACCUUCAUAAGAGUGUUGUGAGCAGCAUUGUGACCGACAUAACCCAUGGCAACUGCAGUACAAGAAAUACUGGUUCAGUGGACCUGGUGCCUGGAAACAGACGAUUCUUUGAACAGGGCAAGGAACGUGAUUUUGGAGAACAAUUGAGAAGGAUUGGUAAUAUAGGAUUUUAGACUAUCAGAGCAUAGUUUUUGUUCCUUCUUUUUAUUCAUCAGGGAUCUGUUUACUUUGUCACUUUGUCUUAUAAUGUAUUUUACUAAUAAUGGGAUAAACAGCACAGACACCCAGGCCUGAAAAGAGCACUGUAGAGAGGACAAAGAGUCCAAGUCUCCAGAGCUGUAAAUAAGCCAAUUACAUGUCAUUACUAGAAAGUCACGAACCUGGAAAAAGGCUCCGUGGACUAAGCUGUGUCUCGACAGAUGUUAAAGUACAUCAGAGACGAGUUUGCACCUCUCUGUGUUCAUGCUGUUGUACAUCAUAAAAAACACUAAGUUGACCACACAGUCACGAUUUGCUCUGCCUCUUAGGGUUGUGCUUGUCCAGGUGGAGGGACUGUCAGAACUCUCUAAAGAGACUUCCUCUACGUUUUUUACCGUGGAGAUGGGACACUUUCUUUUGUACUGAUGUCUGACAUUAAUGGUGAGACAUUACAAGUUACCACUGAAUCUACUGAUGGCUAGCUUUCUGUACUCAUACAGUACUGCCAGAUGCCACAUUAAACUCUGAUGGAGACCACUAGCAUCUGUCGUCAAAUGACUUUGAAGCCUAAUUCAGGCAGGGGUUGAUCAUUUAAUAGUACUUAAUGCUCUGGCACAGCCAAAUGACUUUGCUGUUAUUCUGGCUCUAAGCGACAAUUCAUGCAUCUUUUUCCAUCAUGUUGCAACUAUAAUUUACAGUGAGACAACACAUGAGUUUCAUUGGCUCAACAAAGCAGCAUCACAACUCUGUGAACGUCAUCAUACUAUUAAUAAUUAUGGUUGGGUGACACACAAUGAUAUUUAACAUCAGGAAAUUUGUCAAAUUUUCCUUCUUUUUUUUUUUACCCAAGCAGCUAUUGUUGGUUUACUUGACUAUUACAUUCAAUAUUUCACCUGCUUCAUUUUAUCAGUGGAAUGGAAUAUGUUGAAUAUUUUUCAAGUAUUUGUUGAACUAUAUUAAAGGGGUACUUCAGUGAUUUAAUAUUGCACUUUCAUAAUGUUGGGGAAUGCAAAAGAGGCAUUUUACAAAAAAGAAAGGCCACGCUCAAGCUCACAGUAUCCAAGUAUCUUAAACUAAGAUAUCAAGAAUUUUAGUUUCUUGUCUGGUUAAAGCUCCAGAAACACUUUAUCUUACAUCUUCCAUAGUGCAGCUCAAUAACAUGUUGUUUUACUUUCCUCCUCUCUGCUAAAUGCUUCGCUCACACCUGACACCUCGGUUAUAAUGUUGGCGUUGUUGUUGUUGUUGUUGUUUUAAACAUGACAUCUUCGAUUGCAACACCUGGGAUACUGUUUCAGACUUUUGGAAAGGUUUUCACAUCCUGGAUUUUAAACCUUGUCGAGCAAACUUAGCUUCGUCUCUGAAAUCAGUGGUGCGCCUUUUUAACCAAAAACAGAGUCUCUUCACAUUAUUUGAACUGAGUCUCCAGAAAUUUAGUCUUUUAAAAGCAUUGAAAGUGACUCACCGUAAUAGAAGAUUGAAUAUUGUUCAUCCUAAGUAAUAAAUAAUAAUGCCAUGAUGGAGGCUGUCCAAACCCUGUGCAUGUUUCACUGCUGACAUACGUACCAGUACACAAACACUGUUACACAACCUUGUGCCUCUAUAUUAAAGAUUCAAAUGAGCAGUGCUGAUGAUUUACUGUUCAAAACACAGAUGUUGCCCUGGCACAGUGUUUUCUCCGCCUCUCAGGUUUUAUGAGGAAUAAUAAUCAUCCAGUUGAGCUCCAGCCGAGGCACAAGUUGCCAAAUCGUAAAGGGACAUCAAACCUAUUGAAAUAAAAGUAUAAUGGAAGAUAGAUUAGUGCCAUAAUACCACAGUAGAUGCACUGAUGAAAUGCUUAACUCAACAGAAAUGUGAAUUUUAUAGUGAAUUUUACUGUGUUAAGUAUCACUCUAGCAUUGGCUUUGUUCUGUUACUAUUCUGAUUUACCUGAUGUACUGGAUCUGCUGUCUUACAGUUUCUGAGAUUGUGAUUGUUCUACUGAUUUCAGAUUUACUACUUUGGAGUGACACUUAGCUAUACAUUCUUUGUGUAAAUGUGUGCAGUAAAACUGUCCCCUCUAUGUUUUUACAGUUCAAAGUCAGUUAUGUAAGUAUUUUUUGCCAUCACCCAUAAGGUAUUAGUAGUAGUGCUUGUAGACUACUGUAUGUCUGUGUAUCUAAAAGCAGCGAGAGCAGCGGAGAGUCACCAAAAGGCUUUGAAAUGGAUCUCUGUGGAAAAAUAAAGGCAAUCUUGGGGAGGGGAAAAGCUGCUGGUGCUCUCAGCUGGCAACCAUCACAAGGGGCUUUUAGCUUUUUGAAUGCUAAUUCAUCCACGUUCCCUUGUUGUUCUGUGGGGAAAUCAUGUUACCCGACAUCUCACCCAGUGCACCAGCUGAGAAACCCUGAACGACAGGCAAUAGGUUGUAAUCCUGCAGCGAGGUUAAAACUGCGGUAUUAGCAUUCAAGAAAUGUUACCCGACCAAUGCAUCAAUGUUACAAAAGCUACAAGGGGAGAAGGUGCGAGUGCACUGUAACUGGCAGAGGAGACCAGAGUUAAUUGCCGUUCUUUCUUUCUCCUCAGAGGUGACUGUAGAUUUGUAUGUAGCAAACACUGUUCUGCAGCUUAAGCAGUGAAAACUGAAGAGCAGCUAUGUGUGGAGUAAACACAACCAAACCACUCUAAAAUGGGAAAGUGAUCAAAUGUUACAAUGAGUCAUAGCUUAAUGUGAAAAGAUGCGUUCUGUGUGAAGGUAGGUCUCGUAGGCACAGUACAGUAAUUAUUUAAAGGAGCACAAUAUCUCCCUGUCAGUACUGACUGCUCACCCAGUAAAUCAGCCUUAUGGUAACAGUUUAUUGAUUUUGCACAUCUACCUUUGGGAUUCUUCUUUUGAUUUUUGUGUGUAAAACAAAAACAAAAAAAAACAAACAUGUAUCAUAUGUGUUGUAAAUUGACUGUAAAUUUUUUGUUUUAUAGUUGUUUUUUGCUCUUCAGGGUCUCAUUGUGAGUUUUCAUUGUCUUAUGUCAUUCUGUAAUUAACUUUAAGGGGAUUUCUAACUGUGUCACAAUUUAGGUGGCUGGAUGUUUGUACUUUAGAGGAACUUGGUUGGACAUGUCUGUCAUUGCCAAAUGAAACUAGAUUAACAAAGCCCAAAACUGGCGUGUUCAGGUGCUCCUCAUCAACUCUACAUUUUUUCAUUUACAUUUUCUCACCAAGCAGUUGUCCUCAGACAACCUAUAUUUAAAUACCAAUCGGUAUCUGAGACAGGUUUCACAAUAUUUCACUUUACUGUAUGAUUUGCAUGUUUUACCUUGGCACGUGAGAGGUAGGUUAGACCAGAUUAAACAUCCCAAAAAUGUUUUGAACCCUGUUCAGGUUGCCAAUAACAACAAUGAACAAUAGCAUUUUUGUCAGUUUUACAUGAUUCACACUUAGCAGCUUUUACAUUGGUUUAGUUAACGUGAUAGGAUUACAUUAUGUGACAUCAUAUGAGUUGGUGAGGAUUAUCUGACCAUCCAGGUUACAAAACUGACUGGUGCACAACUGAUUGUGGGAUAUUAAAAGCUGCAGUUAGGUCCUCCAAAGCAAAAGCCAGCUGACUUUUUGCCAGUGUGGGACCUUUGAAAUGGAACAACCCUUCUAUGUCCUUUAAGACCUAUCCGGCCUAGAAAUAAGGACUUUGGAGGGUCUAACUCCUGAACUGGGCCAGAGUGACUGUAUUUAUAGUGUGUGCUCUAUUUCUAUGCUUUGAUUAUUCAUAUCAUGAGGACAUUUUUCACACCAUUAGUAAAUUCAGUCCACCUGUGGUCAAAGUGGUCUUACGGUACCCAAAAUACAUUCAUUACAUUUCAGAUAACACAAUUCAUUAACUAAACUACAAAUUGUUUUUUUUUUUUUUCAGAACAUCAUCAGAUAAAUAGUAUUUUUAAAGGAAAACACAAAGCAGCUGAUGAACUCACAACAGUUCUACCAUUGUAAUAGGAUCAAAAUGUGUAUGGCUGUCACAUUGUGAUUUUACACUGAUUCAUAUUUGUAUAUUCUACAAUGCCAUGAAAACUGGGGUAGAAGACAGUGGUUAAGUAAGCACAGUUUACAAUGUGAUGGUAAAACUGGGAAAUGGAAUUAACUGUCUUGUGACAAAGACAUUCAGAUAAUGGGUUGAUCAACAGUUUUACCGUUAUUAAAAAUAAUAAUAAAAAAUGUAUAAUAUUUUUAUAGGCAGGAAAAAGGUGGCCAGGUGCAUCUGUAAAUAGGACAAUGAUGCUUUUUUUCCAGCUGAAGAUUUUAGUUUGUUUUUAUUAUUUCUCCUUGCAUCAUUGCAUUUUUGGUGGUCUACCGUAUCUUAAUCUUUUCUUUGGGGAAUAUCGUUUCUGUAUGUAUAUAACUAUAUAUACAGUAUAUAUAUAUAUUCUGUAAAUGUAAUUUGAAGAGUGAACUCUGACUUUAAAAACGCUUGCAGGGUCUUCUUGUCAACCCCCACCCCCAUCAUUUCCCCUUGUGAUUGUGUGAUUGUGUUUUCAGCACAACUUGGUGGAUUUUGUGUUUCAAACUCUGCUCUUGCUCACUUUGUAGGAGUGAAUUUUCCUCUUCUUUUUUAUUUUUUCCACUGGGCAUAUUAUACCUGCAUUACCCUUCAUACUUCUCUCAGUAUUAUCCACCUCCUUAGUUUGUUUUUAAGAUUUUGUACACUCUUAAGAUGCUGUUGCAAUACUAAUGAAUAUUCAAUAUGACAUCCCCCUUUUUUCUGAGUCUUUUCCUAACAAAUGUUAUUAAUCCACAAGUGUCACUUUCCAUGCGAAGUUAUGAGGACCUAUACUAUAUUUUCGUGUGUAUUGUCAUUUCCAUUUGCACUGAGCUCAGUCAUUGUUUACUUUCAUCCAUUUGACGCAAUAAUGAUUGAAUGGUGUAGCAUUAUCAUGUUGCAGCCCCCAGAGCGACUUGAUGAUGUUUGAGAAAGAAAAUGGAAGACAGUUUCGGAAGGGCUGGACUGACGGUUUGAAUCACUGGUAUUUGCUUGUGCAGAUAGUUAGUAGGUACUACUUUGGCUUCAUUGGGACUUCACUCUUUUCAAGAAGUCACAAUUUUACAGGAAGCUACUAUUUUCACUUCACUGGGUCUUUGUUGGACUUUUGCGGAGUUGGGCCUAUUUGUCAGCGUACCUAAUAUUAGAGGUUGUUGCUAGAGGUACGGACCCGUAGCCUGUGGACUACGGAUACGGCACUUGCCAUUUGCCAAUCAGAUACGCGAGAUCUGGUCACGUGACUCCCGGUAGACGCUAGCUGUACGGACCCGUAGCAUCGGUACGACAGGUACGGACCCUAAACCUGACCCUCUAACUAACCCUAACCUUAACCUUUGCUUACCUUUCAACAGUUUGCAGUGGUUAGCAGCUUCUUGACUCGCGAGACUCGCGUACGGGUCCGUAUCUGUCUGGCAAAUGGAAAGUGCCGUACCCGUAGCCUGUGGGCUACGGAUACGGACCCGUAUCCGUAGACACUACCAAUAUUAGAUGUGAAUACUGCCACCAAAAUCAUCAACUGUUUUCGUUGUGGCUGUGCAGCAAGUGUGUAGGUAGCAAUCAGGCAGGCAUCAAAUGAUUUUAUAAGAAGCCAAAUGGUUUGUUCAAAUUACUAUCUAAACCUGUUAAGAAAAGAAGAAAUUUCUGGGGGCAUAAUUUGGCAUUUAUAACGACAUGUUUCAGUAGUAGAAGACUCAAGCACAACUUGUGUUAUGUAUGCAGGGAGUGAGACAAACAGCGAAAGGUUUUUGAGAUGGUUUCCGUAUGGUUUACUGAUAAUUACUGAUUCUUUGUUUUCAAAAGUCAGAGUUUUAACCAGUGUGAACAUGAACUACUUAAAUGUCUGUCCUAAUUUUUGUAUAUUUAUGCCACAUUUAGAGAAUACUGUCUGUUAAUUAUACAUUUAUUACUGGAAAAUGUAUUUGCAUUUGAUGAUUCUGAUGGCAAUCCUGUCAUUUUACAAGAUCCAGCAUUUACAUAUAAGAAUGCGGUGAAUUUGGCAAACUCCUCAAAAGUCAUUGAACCUCUUGAUUGAAGUUUGAAAGAAAGUCUGUUCUAUCGCGAAAUUAGCAUUAACUAUAUUUUCUUUGUAUUGACUCAUAAGAAUGAUUGAGAACUAAGUUCUAUGAGCUUUGUCACAUAUUACCAGUUUUACGUGUUUCUUUUCACUGGUUAAUUGACGCAUUUCUCAAGCUACAACAAUUAAUUACAUAUUCCCCAUGUUUUGUUACAUGAAUCUGUCAGAACUAUAUUUUUAAUUCAAUAUGAAUAAAGAUCAGUCAAUAUUUAAA